CUACGAAGCAGUUCUCGGUGACUUUUCCUGACGGCUGGACUACCACCCAGUACCGCUGAGAGAAGACCUGUUCUCGUGUUUUGUAAUCCGCAAAUCUCCAGGUCGCCUCUCCUCCCGCAGUAACCUGUCUGCGGAGGGCGGGUGUGUUUUUAAAAACUCCACCGACGAGGCUGUGCAGUACAGUAAAACGACUUUAGUUUAUCUGUUUACUUCCUUUAAAAAAUACAAUUGCGCAAUAAGUCAUUGCUUGUCUUAAACUGCGCCCGGGGGGGGGGUCGCUGGUUGUAUUCGUCAAUGUUGUGAACCUUCAUUCAAACACACGUAGUGCAGCUGGGGGGAAACUGACACGCUGUGUGAGACUCGGAGCCGAGCGAAAGGGUGAGAGAGAGAGAGAGAGAGAGAGAGAGAGAGAGGAAGCCGAGCAGACUGGAAACAUGGCAGAGAAUAAGACGGGCGCGGGAGCGGGGCUCUUUGCCAAACGGGUCCAGAAACAACUGAGCCGAGGCCGAGAGAAGGUCCUGCAGAAGCUGGGGAAGACCGUAGAGACAAAGGACGAGCAGUUUGAGCAGUGCUCCCAGCACUUCAUCAAGCAGCAGAAUGAAGGCAGUAAGCUGCUGAAGGAUUUAAAAUCUUACUACAGUGCUGUGAAAGGAAUGCACGAUGCCUCCAAGAGGCUGUCUGAGACCCUGCAGGAGGUGUACGAGACGGACUGGGAGGGCAAAACCGAGCACAGGACCAUCAUGGAGAGCGAUGACCUCCUGUGGAACGACUUUGAGGAGAAGCUGGCUGACCAGGCAGUGCGCACCGUGGAGACCUACGUCAGCCAGUUCCCCGAGGUCAAGGAGCGCGUAGCGAAGCGUGGCAGGAAGCUGGUGGACUACGACAGCGCCCGGCACCACCUGGAGGCACUCCAGAACAGCAAGAAGAAAGACGAAGCCAAACUCAGCAAGGCCGAGGAGGAGUUCAAUAAGGCGCAGAGCGUGUUUGAGGAGAUCAAUACUGAGCUGAGGGAGGAGCUGCCAGCACUUUAUCACAGUCGUAUUGGAUGCUACGUGACGGUUUUUCAGAACAUCUCCAACCUGAGGGAUAUUUUCUACAAAGAGAUGAGUAAGCUGAACCAUGACCUGUACGAAGUGAUGACCAAGCUUGAGACUCAGCACUCGGACAAGGUCUUCAUCAUCAAGGGAGUGUCCAGUAACAGAGGUUCUCUGAUGAUCUCGUCUCCGAUCCGUCCCCCAAACCCGUCCAUCUCUUCCGAGGUCAGUCUGGACCAGAGCCAGAACCAGAAUGGACAGGACUCUGCCUCCUCUAGCACAGAGGAGCAGAACCAAGGCAAUGAAACAAACGAGCCCAGCACUGAUCAACCCAGUGAAGCCACAGCUCCCAGUGAGAGUGGAACUAGUGAAGCCACAGCUCCCAGUGAGACUGAAACCAGCGAAGCCACCAUACCAUCCACUGAGACUGGAACCAGUGAAACGACAGCUUCCCCGGAGACUGAACCCAUUGAGGUCACAGCCUCCAGCUCGGUCGACACCCUGAAUGAGAACGCAGCCCCCCCUGAUGAGUCUCAACACAGCGAGGCCUCCCCCACGCAUCCAGGGGACGGUGCGCAUACCCUGCCCAGUGAGAAGCUGCCUGCCUCCGUGCCUCCACUCUCCAGCCCUGCCCCGGAGAGCCAGGAUGCUCAGGAACAGCUUCCAGAGGCUGGGCAGAGCCCCCCAGACUCCCCUGAGGAGAGUGAGGAAGGAGGGGAGAACGAGGCUCAGCCUGGCUCUGAACCAUGGCAGAGUUCGGGGGCUGUGGAGGGAGACGGGGCCGGAGAGGAGAGGGAGGAGGAGAUCCAGGGAGGUGGCGAGGCUGUCUCCGAUAAACAAGAGAGUUGAGACGGAAAGAAAACAGCUUCCUCCUCCUCCUUCUCGCUCACACCAUGAACUAACAGUGUGCUCUCCAGACCACACAGCUCACCAGCAGCCCUCUCCACUCCUCCCUUCUACAUCUCCCAGCCCGCACACGCAUGCAAACACACACCUCUGCUCAGGCCCUGAGCUAACCCCCAGCCCCCCAGGACCAGCGGAUCAGGCAGAGUCACUGCGUCCCAAAGCUCACCUCUUUCCCCAUGCAUUCAGCCAGACUCCACGCAGUUUGCUUUCGGCUUGCUUGACACCUAAACUCACCCGAGCGUGGCAGCAUCAAACUGCACGGAGAAAGAGAACUUGGCACAGUGCAGUGUAGGUAAGAGGUAACUCAAUAUCCGAGAGCCAGCUAAUUCAGUACAGUCUAGUGUAGACAACUCAGUACUGUACUGGGGAUCUGAGAGCAGC